CGAAACAUCCGUCCGGAUGAAAUUUCCAAUUCGUUGCUCACUCAAUCAUAGGAUUGUAGGGCAAUAUUUGAAGUACCGAGUGGGAUACGCGGCAGAGAGGGGAGAGAACCACUUCAUUGUGACACAACGCGAAGUAACCGGGUUAUCGCAUGUGACGUUGGGGUAUACAUACAUCAAUAAUAAGGGAAUCGACGGGUUCUAUUUGCCUGCUCUACCACACCAGAAGUCGCCUCUUUCCUGCGGAUCACAAUCAUGAUUUUCCAACUCGCAUGUCUUUGGGCAGUAUUGCUGUCGAACGUCACGGGCGUGAAAGGCUAUCACAUCUCGCACCGAGAGGAAUGCGCGCCGUUUGAUAACGGGACCAUUAUCAUUGACUCGUACCAGCUCUACCCCGAAAACGCCGACUUCGAUCUGAAUCAAUGUCUCUUGUACUUUGGGUCGCUUUUUAACGCAUCGGUAGUCGUGUACGACCCGUACAAGGCCGAGACGGUGUUGACAAUAGAAUUCCCGGGUGUAACACGUACCAGGCCAUUUCACGUCGGGGGUGUCGCAUGGGAUCCGUACACGAACUUGAUAUCUAUCCUGGUGGACUCCGCAGUUCCACAUGAAACCCCUGACCACCAGAUUUCAGGUGACGACUACAUCGUGCGAUAUGAUCCCGUCAAGCAAGAACUCGUAUGGUCCCUCAAUAUCACCGAGGUGAGCCAGGGUUUAUAUGGCGGUCAGCAAGAUGUUGAACACGAUUCCCGCGGCCACGUUUACGUGCUAGGAAGUUAUCCGGGAACGAUCUUGCGCGUGGAGCCAGACGGCAGCCGUAUCGAACCAUGGUAUUUACCUGAGACUAUUGACCAUACGUAUGCCGGGCUCACUGGUCUUGCGGCAAUCGGAGAUAUUCUCUUAGUUAGCAACGCUUUGAAUAGGACCGGCAGCGGCGAGAUAUACCGUUUCGACCUAACGGCGGACAAGGGCACACCUGUGCUUGUUCCUAAGACGCCGGCCAACAGUUCAAUUGAGUCGCUUGACGCUAUAUACCUACCGCCGAAGUAUGAGGGGAAAGUGCUACUCGUUUCGGAGCACGACAGGGGUGUCUCGGUGCUGAGAUCAGCGGACGGCAAGUGGGAAGCUGCCGAAUAUCUGGGUCUCAUACCGAACGAUCCCUCCCUCGAUUCCGGUUCUCUCAACACUGCCACUGUUGAGAUCUCCGGAACCGUUUUUGCGGUGAUUGAAUGGUUUACUGAUCCAAUCGUUGCCGGCACCUCAGCCGGGAAUAGGACGGAAUUCCCACUUGUAGAUAUCACACCAGAUAUUGAAAAGCUCUUGGCAACCCCUCAGCAUUAGGUACGUAGAACAAAAUAAGAGAUUGGUCUGUAACGAAUAAAUUUGAAACUUGAUAUUUCCUAGCGCUUCAAUUGGUUUAGCGAUUGUGGAGGCUAGUUCGAUCAUUGCGACAGUGACGAGCACCGGCGGUUUGGUGCGCGGUUAGAUACGGUCCAAUCUCACUAGAAUGAUUUGCUUGACUACAAGUAACUCUUUACGAGUAGCGAGAUCGGUAAUUGAGAUUAAAUAUCUGGUAAUUUAGGUAGGG